CCCGAUACGCGCGAUGAACUUCACGAAUGAAGAGCUCGAGUUCCUCGACGCGCGCUACGCCCCGGCGUCCGUGGCCUUCGCCCUGGACACGCACUGGGUGCUCUACUGCGGCGUGCUCGUCCUGCUGAUGCAGGCGGGAUUCGCCAUGCUCUGCGCGGGGUCCAUCCGCGCGAAGAACGCGCAGAACAUCCUGCUGAAGAACCUGCUGGAUCUCUGCGUCGGCGCGCUCUCGUUCUGGGCCACGGGCUACGCGUUCGCGUACGGCGGCCCGGGCGACGGGUCGCGCGGGUCGCGCUUCGUCGGGUCGCGCCACUUCUUCCUCUCCGACGGCUUCGAGGGCGCGGAGUCGCACGGCUUCAAGUCCUGGUUCUUCCAGUUCGCCUUCGCCGCGACGUCCGCGACGAUCGUCUCCGGCGCCGUCGCGGAGCGCUGCGCGUUGGCCGCGUACGCGGGCUACUCGGCGUUCCUCGCGGGCUUCGUCUGGCCCGUCGUCGCGCACUGGGUCUGGUCCGACGCGGGCUGGCUGAGCCCGAACCGCCCGAGCCCGCUCUUCGGCGUCGGCGCCGUCGACUUCGCGGGCUCCGGCGUCGUCCACAUGGUCGGCGGCGGCGCCGCGGGCAUCGCCGUGCGGGUCCUGGGCCCGCGGCUCGGCCGCUUCGAGGACGCGGCGUCGGAGCGGGGCGUCGACGCGGCGCUGAUCGCGACGCUGCGGCGGAACACGCCGAUCCGCGGCCACUCCAUGCCCCUCGUCGUGCUCGGCACGUUCCUCCUCUGGAUCGGCUGGUACGGCUUCAACCCGGGGUCGACGCUCGCGCUCACGCGCGACGCGGAGCAGCCGGAGACGGCCGCGCGCGUCGCCGUGACGACGACGCUCGGCGCCGUCGCCGGCGGGCUGGCGAGCUUGUUGGCGACGUACCGCCUCAACGGGACCUACGACGUCGCGGAGAUGUGCAACGGCCUUUUGGCGGGCCUCGCGUCGACGACGGGCUCCUGCGCCGUCGUCGAGCCCUGGGCCGCCGUCGCCGUCGGCGCCGGGGGCGCGUGGUCCUACGCCUGGGGCGCCGCGUUCCUCGAGCGGCGCAAGGUCGACGACGCCGUGAACGCGACGGCCGUCCACUUCUUCGCCGGCGCCUGGGGCAUGCUCGCGCCCGCGCUCUUCGCGGCGCCCUCGCGCAUGCGCGCCGUCUACGGCUCCGACGCCAGGGGCCUGCUCUACGGCGGCGACGGGUCGCUCCUCGGCGCCCAGGCCGUCGCCUUCGGCGCCAUCGCGCUCUGGGUCGGCGCGACGAUGGGGCCCUUCUUCCUCCUGUUCCGCCGCGCGGGCGCGCUCCGCGUGUCCAUGGACGAGGAGAUCGACGGCCUCGACGACGCGCACCACGGCAGGUCGGCCUACGAGAUGGACACGUUCCUCGACGCCGAGCUCGGCAAGAGCGACCUCGACCGCAUCUCGGAGGUCACGGACGACGCGAACGGCGACGAGAUCCGCCGCGUCGACUCGGCCGACGACCUCCGCCGCGUCCACCCCGGCCAGGGCGACGCGGAGUCCGCGUCGUGAGCAUCCCCCAGGUCCGCCCCCGCCUCUUACUAUGAUUCGAAGCC